CACCAAACGUCCAAUAUGACCAUCCGCAACCUUUAGCAUCGCUGUCCUCUGCAUCCUGCCACUGCGGAAUAUAUGGUCUUAUCCCGUCCAUCUGACCGUUGCUUCUCUUUUCCCUUGAAUGAUAUACCCCUGCGAGCUCGUUCUGCUACUCGUGCUUCGCGCUUCGCUUUUCUUCUGAGAUGAACGUCACCCACUGUUUCUAGUGACAAACACCUCAGACCGCGCACGUGCUCCGACGAUACGAAUAACGACCACAGUUUCACGACUCGUUCGAGUUCUCGCUCGAGUUCCAAUACUCUGGACCUCCUUCAUCGACUGCGAAAUCAAGUUAUAAGGCGACCAUGUCUUCGGAAGGGUCGGCUUCCCGCCCGCAACCAGCGCCAAAGGCAGCGGCUAGCGAUCCGCUCUCGGUGAAUCUGAACGUCAUUUCGCCGUCGACAAUCGUCGGAACUGGCCCUCCUCUGAGCUUUCCCGGCCUUCUAGCAAGCACGACGGUUGGCCAAUUAAAGGAGAAAAUUCGCAACUUGCUGCCGAUAAAGCCCACCGAUGCACAACAGAGGUUGAUUUACAAGGGGAGGGUCCUGCAGCAGGAUGACGAGACCCUGGGUCAAAUAAUGGGCGAGCACACGCUUCGCGAACACAACUCACAAACGGUCCAUCUCGCUCUUCGCGGCCUCCCUGACCCUCAACCACCCCCAGCCCCCUCGCUUCGCGGACGGAGCCCGGCUUCUAGCGACCAUCGCACCUUCGCAAGUUACACCAGCUCGCUUCCCGCUUCGCGACAACAGUCCCCUCACUAUCGAUUCGCGCCGACUCCUUCACCGGGUCCCUCGAGAAGGAAUCAAGGAGGCAGCCGAGAUGCAUUCCCUGGCUUCGUGGUGCCCAACGCUCCGACUUUUACGCCUCAGCAGGUGCAUCAGAUGCAAUCCCAGCUGUCGCAGACCAUGGCUGCCUGGAAUAGCGGUCUGCAGAGGGAGGCCAUCAGCAGGGCCAUCGCUCACCAACAGCUGAGUCAAAACCAACCGGGCAGAGGUAUCCCGGGGCUUGGGGCUCAGGGUCUUGGGGAGCCCGGCGGCCCAGGUUCCGUCUCGACUCAUGGUGAUGCCCUUCCUAGGGGCCGAACAAGCCCCGGGGUGCAUCCGUACACACGCACAGUCGUCAGGGAGGGUACAUUGCCGGAUGGGCAGCCAUAUCGUGUCACUAAUACUGAGACAUGGACGCCUCUAUCGGUGGCGGAGGUGCAGAACAUCCUCAGGGGCGCCGAUGCCGGUCAGGCGACUCAGGCUAUGACCAACGCGAUGCAGCGAAGCGACCCGGCGUUGACUUCUGGAAGCCCUUUGGCGCCAAACCCGCCUACUUCUACGCCCUUCUAUCAGUCUCUCGGGUCCAGGGCCGGCAGCCGGAGAGCAACUCCAGACCCCGGAUCACGGUCGGUUAGUGGGGCCAGCACGGUUCCGACAGCAAAUGCCACCCAUCGAGCGGCACCGCCAUCUGGUCCGGAGGUUUAUAUAUUAUCCUCGCCCGAGGGACCUCGAGCCCUCCUCAUCAACAGCUUGUCCGACAUGUACUAUACCCCCGCCGGUCGCUCGCCACUUCCGCAACUGGCGUCAACUUUCCCGCGACCUGGAGGAAUCCAACUGCAGCAAGGACCGUGGCCUCCAAGUCACUUGGGCACACCAUCCGCCCACCAUGGCAACAACCCACAGCAAGUACGAGACGCGGGACCUUCGCCCCAACCACCAGAGUCGCAGCAGCCGCAGGGCCGACAGCAUCCUCGACAGCAAGAGCAAGCAUUGCCAGCCGUCGCGCCUGUCCAUGCCCAUAAUCCCGCCAUCGCCCCUGUCGUGGCCCAAAUGUGGCCGCAUUUCUGGCUCCUCGUUCGUCUCGGCGUCUUCAUAUGGUGGUUCACUUCACCCAGCGCCACCUGGAGUCGGUGGGUGACAGUCAUUGGCAUCGCCAUUUGUAUAUUUCUCAUCAACACGGGCCUGCUCAACGGCUUGUUCGAUCAGGCAGCAGCUCCCGUUAGACGACACAUGGACAACUUGAUACCUUUCGCCCAACCGAACCAUGCGCGCGACGCGGUGCCUGCUCCGCCCGGUGGUGAUGGUCAGCCGGCCGUUGCUGCCGGACAGAAUAACACGGGCCCGGAUCCCAUGCACGCGGCUGCGCGGAUGGUGGCGGAUCGGGGGAGGCGGGCCAAUGCCAACUGGCUCAUGGACCAGGUUCGACGACUCGAGAGAGCCGGCCUUCUCUUCCUCGCCAGCAUUGCGCCUGGCGUGGCGGAAAGGCACAUUGCUCAACUAGAAGCUGAAGCUCGGGCGGAACGACAACGCCGCGAGGAAGCAGCCGCAGCAGCAGCAGCAGCCGCCGCCGCCGCGGCAGCGGUAGCGGCAACAGAAACACAAGGAGAUUCUCAGCCGACUAAUUCGGAAGCGGACGUUGGAAUGGGACGGAGUGAGGGAGGUGGGCAGGAUGGUACGAGGGAUACGAGUGGACAUGGGCACGGGGAGCAUGGAGCGGGCAUUAACCAGCCGGAUGCUAGGGGAGAGCCUCUUGUGGCUCUUUGAUGAAACGGAUACAUGGGAUUCGUGUCAUGAGACUUGACGAUGUCCCAUCCGGUGGGUGAGGAUGAGAGAUAUCGGCACAUUCAGCCAUGUCAUCCGUAACGUGAGAUGAAAGUAGUUGCUAUGUGGUGGUGAUCGAGCCACCGCUGAUGUUAGUGGAGGUUUCAUUUUCAACCAAGCGCAAAUACCAAGGCCUCAUGACCAUUACUAUGAUGCCAGAUACAUUAGGGGAAAGAUAUUAUAGUGAAAGCGGGAUCACUGACUCCCUAUGAGAAGCGGCCACCAGCAUUUGUGAGAAAUACUCCGAACUUCCGACGUGCGGGGGAAGAAGCUAAUAAAGCU